AUGGUCCUCGAAGCUGUGUCGCAUCUCGUUCGAGAGGUUGUGGAUCCGAACAAAGCCAUCUUGGCGAUCCUGGCCAGCAUCGUUGUCUUCGGUCUUCGGAAUUGGGCAAGAGGGUUCAUCAAUGAAGCGGAACGAGACUUGCACGGCAAGACGUACCUGCUGGUCGUACGUUACGCUUCGCCCACCCUUAUUUUCACGUCUUGGAGACGGGCUCAAAAGACACGAGGCCAGGUGUGUUGUACUGACCAUAGCUUCCUGUCCGCGCCUUCAGGGAUGUUUCUCUGGGCCCGGCCUUUCGUUGCUGCAAGCGCUGGCAGCUCGUGGCGCACAGAUCGUCGCCUUGCACCCCGAUCCCAUGGACGCCGAGGUCACUCAGCUAAUACUACUCUUACGCUCGGCCGCACGCAACGAGAGAAUAUACGCCGACCAGUGCGAUAUGCUUUCUAUCGCCUCCGUCCAACGAUUUGCUGCUCAGUGGAGCAAGAACGGCAAAAGUGGGAUGGUCCAAGAUCUCGAGGCGAAAAUCGACGGCGUCGUCUUUUCCGACGGGCUCGGCUCCGGUCUUUCGGCUGCACCUACCUCGCAAGAGAUACAUCAAGUGCAGGUCCGGUCUCGCCUAGCCAUGAUACAAUUCUUGCUACCCGUCCUGUUGAAGUCGUCCCGAAAUUCGACAAGCGGCGUGCGGAUCGUCUCCCAAGUUUCGCCACUCUACUCGGCGGCUCUCGAUCAUUCGACAACACUUUCUCUCAACUGUAUUUUGCCCGACGAGCGUGCAUCAGCACCAGCCACGGAUAACGUAUUUUAUGGCUCCUCGUGGCGCACACAAGGGAGAUCUGCCCUCGCGGCUAUCCUGCUCGUUCAAGAAUUGCACACCCGUUUUGCCACGCGUAAUCCAAAUCUCCUCUUUAUCUCGGUUUGUCCUGGUUUUACACGCUCUUUCCUUCACGCCAGUAUAGGCAAUAUUCGUCGUGGAGGCUGGCCGUUGCGGUUGCUCGCGUAUCCCUUCAUUUGGGUGUUUGCCAAAUCGGCAAGUGAAGCGAGCCAGAUUCUUCUGACCGCUCUUCUCGCAGACGUAAGGAAGCCAGAAGUGAUCGAUCCGGCAGCGCCACCCGAUGAAGGGGCGGUCUGCAGAGCGACGAAAUCGGAGAUCCCACCCGUAGUCAUAUUGCGUGGUGGGACACUUGUCCGAGAAGGUCGCGAAGUGCGGUAAGGCACAUCAUUUCCCAUGACCGGGGUGAGCAAGAUACUGACGUUCCGACGGGUUCGUCCUUUUGGUUCUCGGCCGUGGCGCAGGAUCAUGGGCCUGGAUUCACGCAACUUACUUGGUUCGAAUCUUUGGGCUCACGAGAAUUUGGCGAUCGAUGCUGAGCUGAAAUUGGCGGCAGAAAGGAAAAAGCCAGUGGGCAGAGAGGGCGCCGAAGGCGACCCCCACCCUGGGGCUGGACGUGCGAAGAGCGAAUAA